UUUGUCAUUCUAGCUAGCACACCUUCAGCUCAAACUACCAACGACUGACAACUGAUAAUCUUAGAACGUGGAGACCAUGAGCACUGCGAGCGUUCAAAAUUUGGAGGAAGCUGUCACGAUAGCGUCGGAGUUCAUAAUGACCCUUGAUAACUUACCUAGCGAAGUACAAUUUCUUCUGCAAGAGCUUCGCUCGAAAGAGACCGAUUCUCAAGACAUUCAGAAUGAUCUAGCCAAAGAUGCUCAUAAAUAUAUGCGAUAUUCCCUACGAUCGGACGGUACAGACCCUGCCUCCAAAGAGAAGGGUGGGGCACCAGCUCCACCAAUUGAGAAACUGAGGGAUGCUCAGGAGAAACUUUCAGCGCUUUCAGACGCGAAAAUUGCUCUGGCCUCUCGUAUCGUUGACCUACUAUCCAGGAAGCGGGCUCGGUUAGAAUAUGACUUGGGUCGUGUCCUUGUUCUACAAGGAGAAGCAGAUCCAGCAUCUGUUUUCGCUGGUGCCGCAGCUUCGACUCCAGUCUCUGUAUCAGGACUUGGUAGUGGCACUGCUGGCUAUGUACUUGGAGGACGCAAUCCAGCCGCUCAAAUCAAUGAAAGCUUGCGAAAUGCGUUCGCUGGCGGUACCGCCACGCCUCUGGCAGGUGGCUCGGGAAGUAUGGCUUCUGUCGGAGGGCGCGCUUCGGUGACUGGGGAAGACAAUGCAUUCAAAAAACGGAGAUUGAUGGCAACGCAGGGCUCUAUCAAACUGCCAUCACCUGCACCAUCUGCCUAUGUUCCAUCUACUCGGGGUCGCCGGAGAAGACGGGGGGCUUCAUCUGAGGCUGAGGACUUCGAUUUUGAUUAUGGAGAUGAAACUCAAGGUGCAGAAGAAGCAGAAGAAGGUGAUGGUGAAGAGGGUGAAGAUGGUGAAGAUAAGGAACUGUACUGUUUCUGUCAGAAGUUGAGUUAUGGAGAAAUGAUCGCGUGUGACAAUCCAGAUUGCCCGUAUCAAUGGUUUCACCUCCCUUGCGUCAGCCUCAAGCAACCACUCCCUGAGAGUUGGUUCUGUGAUGACUGCCUUAGAAAGAUGGGUCCUCCUGCGUCUGGUCCUGGCCGUAAGGGCCGGAAGAAAUAGACCUUGCCCCCCUCACAUUCCUCUUCGCAUCGCCUUGGCUUGGGCAAAGAAGUUGCCAUAUGCUUCGGGGCAGCCAAUACCGGGCUAUCUGCAACAGCGUUUUGAACGUGGUUCUGCCUCGUCACUUCUGUCGUAUUAAUGAAUCUGAUGUGGACUACAGGAAGACUUGCACUGUACCUACAGCUGCUACCUCGUCCUCACAAAAUUGUGAAGCAUUUAAAGUUGUCCUUUCUUUGGCGAUAAGAUCGGAGAUUCCUAUGAUCCACACUAUGGCCACACGUACCUCACCAUUUCUGGCUUUCCCUUACUAUGUCCGUCUCUGGCAACGUUCGGUGGCAGUGGAGUACAGGAUAGAACGCAGAUACAAUCGAGUAGACCGAGAGUGGGCUCACGACACGGGCUGUCCAAUAAAGUAAAAUCAAAUCACAGGUCCUCAAACAGGGCGUCUACUGUGUGAGCAUUCGUCCACAAUCGAGUAUUUCCUCCU